ACCGAACUACGGCAUUCCAGCUUCGACUACCAGCGAGAGAGGUUGGGUUAGCUUGAAGCUUUUGCAAAAUGGUGCAUUAUUGAUCUUAGGUCUGCUCAAUUUGUCAGACAUAUUGUGAAAUAAACUUAUUUUGCCACUAUAUUAACCGUUUGUUUAAAGAUUGUCCAGAAGUAACCACCAGGAAAUACUGAUGAAUCACCAAAUUUAUGUCGUAGAUGACUUAUGGAUUUCAACCCCCUGGACAUCCUAGCUGCAGCUGCUCUUGGUGUGAAGGAUGCCCAGCCAGAGGUGAACGCCAGUCGACCUGAACCUGAUAAAAGUGAUGAAAGUAAUGAUGAUUAUGUUGAUACCUCUACAGAAAUGGGCAAGACAACACGCACUGGUUUAAAAGAAACUGAUAUUGAUAGUAGACAUUCAGAACAAACAAUGGCACCACAAAAAAUUGACUGGAGCCCAGAAACUUUCUUGUCCUCACAUUUGGACGGCUUGUCUGAGAAGUUCUCACUGGAUGAACUAGUGAGUGACUUGAAGAAGAAAAGUUUGGAAUUUGAACUGCACAAAAUUGUUGAACAGUCUAUUCUUAAAAGUGAUGCUUUUAAAGAUUUAUCAUCAAAUGUAACGAGUCAUGAGGAUCAAAAUGUCAAAACUGUUUCCGAACAUAAUGCCAUCAACAAGGAGACAAAUUUAAAUGUGACGAACAAUGUGCAGACAUUAGUCACUGAGCCUAAAGAAGAAACUGCCAACAGCCAGAGUGACAUUGACUCCACAGAUAGUAAAUCUCCUGAAAUAGUUGACACUUGCUCAGAAAUGACACACACAGAGCUAAUAGCAUUAGACCAUUCUUAUGCUUUGAUACCUGGGAAGGCACAUUUCCCGUCGUUUGGUGAAGAUGAUGACAUUGACGUCUGCUCUGAUCACAGUCCUCUAACAGAGGAGACUGAACAGAGAUCUAGAAAUUUGUCCGUAGACUUUAACUAUCUCAAGUCUGGGAUUAAAGAGGGAGUUUCUGCCAGCACUUUGGAUUUCUACCAAAUGUCUGCAUCUAUGAGAUCAAAAUUACCAUCCACCUCGUCCUCAUCAUCUUCACCAAUAGCAGAUGUAUCCAAGUCUCCGUCAUACAAUGACGGUGCAAGUCCUGCACCUGGGGCAGUGUCCCCUGCUCAUAAGUAUGGCAAGUUUAAAAUUGGAACUUUGGGAUCGUUCAGUUCUGGAAAUUUGGAACUGGAAAAAUACCUCAAAAAUAAAGAUAUGAUCAACAGUAGGAAACUAAAACUAGGCAUCCCAAUGGAUAUGGGUUUGACAUCACCUGCUGCCUCACCCAGUUCACACCCGUUACCCCCUUCACCUUGUUUGGAUUGGGACAGAUCUGAAGCCAGCUCUGAAACACAGGAAGACAGCUCUGAUGCCAGAACACCACUUCGCCUGUCUCCAGAUAUUACUGCUGAGAAAGAGUGGUCGCAUCCAAUGUACCAUGAUCAUGAUUACUGUACUAAGACUGAACCUCGCGACACUCAGGCUUUGGGUAGCCUUCUCUCUGGGAAAAGGAAAUAUACCAAGCGCAAAAAUAAAUACGACGGCAUGAGUCAUGAGAAGUUCAUGAAAGCUAAGUAUUUAAAAAAGGAACUUCUUAAACAAGACAGUUUUAUUAAAACACCAUCUGAACAGGAGUUAUUAGCGGUUGACUCUGCUUCAUUGAAAUCCAAUCCAGUAGGUCGACCAAGAAAAAGGCCUAUUGAAAAGAUGGUUGAGGAGGAAAUAGAUCCUGCUACUGGCAGUAAAUUAAAAAUUACUGGUAAAUUUCAAGACCAGUAUGUUUACUACAUGUCUAAAACGUCUAGGGCAACUACUAGAAGACGACAGGCUCCUUUGUUCCCCCCUUCCGCUGACAGAAUUAUUGUCCCUGCUCCAAAACCUGGUGACAUUGUUGUUCCUCAUCUUACUGAUGCUGAUAUUGAAACUGUUAGAGUCAAGGGGCGUGGUGCCCUUAAUCUGCCAGAUAGGCCUCACAGUUCAAGCAAUCGCUCGACAGACUUGAUAUCUGAUGUUGACAGUCAUAUUGUCAGCACCAUUCUCAGCAUGGAGAGUGACAACUUAGCCUCCCCGACCACGGCACAUGCUCCAGACAUCCAUCCCUCAGAACUGAACCUGAACCAGCCUGCUUUAACAGAGAGCCUAAGACUAGUCAGUGGUGACUCCAGUAUUACAUCAGAACAUGUCUUGAACUACUUACUCAGUGUAGUCAAAGAUGAAAGCUUACUGAAUGCUGCUUCUCAUUUUGUUGAUGGGACAGGUGGCAGCAUGUUUCCCUCUCUCACAGACACUAUGUAUUCCAAGUCUGACCACAAUGAUGUUCUAAGUGGAACUGAUUUAUUGGACAUGGGGAAAACAUUGCAAGGUCAAUUUUGUCAUUCUAAUUUGAGUCACAAAGAACUCAGUGAAGGCUUUGGUCAUUCUGAACUGGGUAAAGAUCACUUGGAUGAGUGCGUAGGGUUACCAGAUGAUCUGACUUCUUUUAUGUCCAACUCACAAGGCACAUCAUCGUCAUCGAACACAACCCAGGAUGGGGACUGUCACGGAUCACUUAAGAGCAUGUUUGGCCCAGAUCUUAGCUCUCUGGAUUCCCCACACAUGUCCUCUUCUGUUCCUCGUUUGACAUCCAUUGAGAAGACAUUGGAUUACCUCGGUGUCAGGGAUGAUGACAUAAAACUACACAGUGUCUAUGCAGAUACUGACAGUGAGCCAUUAACUCCACUGUCUUGUACAUCUGAUGACACUCCUUGGAUUGUUACUGUAACUCUGUACUUUAAUGAUGUACCUGCCAUUAUGAUAAACAACCAACCUUACAUCCGUCUUGUAGAUAUUCACAAACAGAUUCUCCCUGCCAAAGAUACUGGCAUUCUGAAAAAGCGGUGCCAACUUCUAAAAAUCCCUGUCCUCAACUGCACAGAAAUGCAGCGCUAUUUCCUGGUACAGUAUGGCAGGGCCUACAACUCUAAAAGUACUCUAGUUGUCUCGAAAGAGCAGGCUACUCAUUUGGUCACCUACUACGCUACUCCACAACCUAGAGUUGGCAGAAGUGAAGACUCGCACCAGCGCCAGGCUAGCAGUAGUGGGGGAUCAGAAUGUGGUACCAGGUCUCCAGUAGCAAGCCUGUCAACCGGGAUAUUCAAAAAGCGUAGCAACAAAAGUUCUAAAAAAGCUGCAGCAGCACCUACAGGCUCAGGGGAUGUGUCUCUAAAAGCUGGCAGUAAAGAAACAGAAGUGAAGCACAGUAAGAGAACAAGGCACAAGAAAGUCAACUACUUGGAAAUGUUGAAAGGAGAGGAAAAAGAUAAAAGUACAACUGCUUCAAUCCUUGAAACCAUAGAGUCUGUCCUGAACUCUGGACCUGACACACACUCUAAAACUCAGUUUCUAAACCGCAAAGGGGAAACAGUGUCUAAAAAGAACAGUGCUAAGAAAACAAAAGUGACCCUUAAAGGGAAGAAAAAACACUUCAAAUGGAAUUCUAAGGAAACCCAGAAAAUGAAAGAUGGAAAAAGUGGAAGUGAGAAACUAUUAGAAAAGCAACUUGAACAGUUAUCAGAUAUUGAUUCUGACGACACAGAUGCUGCACAGCACAAAAAAUUUAAGCCAUUGAAGCUCAAAGUAAAUAGCUUGAUCAAUUUGGCUGGGCAGCGCAAGAGUAACUCCCCAAACAAAAAGGGCUUGUUCUCACGAAGCAACUCUAUGGUUUCAUCUACUGACAGACCUUCAAGAGUUUUGGCAGUGGCUCAUCAAGCAGCCGUGUCUGGUACAACUGGUGAAUCUCACCUGCCAUCCCAACCUGCAGACAUUCACUUAGAUUUAUUCACAAAGUCUAACUCUGCUUGUGUACGCUGUGAGACAUGCAGCCAGUUUCUCUCAGUACCUCAUUUUAUGCGCCACCACCAUGUCCCUAUGGACAGUGAGUGGCUUGCAACAGAGGCAGCGCAUAGAAUCUUAGUUCCCAGGAAUAAAGAGAACAUUUCAGAGCAAGAAAAACAGCUCUGGGAAGAGUUUCAUAAACUGCAAGAAUCUAUCGGUGGAUUUGGUGAAGCAGACGACGAAACCGACACUGACGAUGGGGACUAUGACGACUGUGUUGAUGGCCCAAGUCAUUUUGAGCUAACAUCUGUUCACUCGGGUAAACAAAAGAGAGUCUGUAGGCUGGAAUCCUCCUCUGAAGAGGACUCAGUGGAUAUGGACUUGCCAGGCUCUCCAGAGAUACAAGAAAGUGCUGAGAAAAACUCCAGUCCUGUGGCUAGUAGAGCUGGCUUGAGACAAGCUCAGGAAAGUAACACUUCACAUUUAAGGACCAGUUCACGUCCAAGAAAGUGUAAACAACUGUUUUCUAUAGAAAACUAUUACACUCCAAAAAGAUGGAGUGCAGAGGAAGAAUCUCAAAGCCGUUCGGAUAAUUCAGCUUCUGGAAAUGGUGUUUCAUUACAAUCUCGUUCACGGAUUUCAUCUUAAUCUGUUGAUUUUCAAUGCAUUAUUAUUUUUACAUUUGUAUACAUUGUUUGUUCAGGGACCAAUGUCAUCGUUUAGCAGUUGGGUACUAUAGGAUCGUAUUGACAUACAAAUGUACAUUUUGAUGUAUAUCUUGGUUUUAGAGUUGCAUGCUUAUUUGUUUUCUCUCUGCCUUUGGUCUGGUCAUUUAUCCAAGAUUAAAGCAAAAUAUUUAUAAAAAAAAACAUACUAGAUCCUAUUACAAACACGCACAUAGUGUAGUGUUGCUAGUGUCUUUCUAAUAAUUUAGUCUCUAAAUUAACUCAUGAAAUCUUGCACAGCAAUUAACAAAGUUCAUUAACAUUGAACUCCAAAGUUUCAUGAAUUCUGUUUUUUUAAAUUGUAGGCUUGUGUAUCCUAUUAUAGCUUAGUCUAGCAGUCAUCUAACCAAAUAGCACAUUUUGUAGCUUGAUGUGCAGCUGUUGUUUUGUGACCUGGUUUUAAUGAGUAGUAGACAUUGGCUCAUGCCAUUUGCAGAAAUCUCAAAUAAUAUGAAGGUGUGGUCCCUCAAAGCAAAAGUCUUUGAAGUCCUAAAAAAUGUGAUUAGUGUCUCUCCUGAAGGACAUGGUCUUGUGUUGCCCCCCCCCCCCUUUUUUGACUACAUGUACAUAUAGAAUUGUAUAUAAUGCUGAGACAUUUGUUGUAUUGAUGGCCUCUACAUGUGUUUUACCCCCCACAGCUAUCUUGUCUAAUGACUCCACACCCCCCACCCCUCCCCUUUUUCUCCUAUAUGUCAGAAAAGAGAAGCUGAGUUAAACUAUCUGUGAUAUUGAAAUUUUGUUUUCUACAUUGUGUGUGUGUGUUGUGUAUAGUACCAUUAGUUUAGUGAUGGCCUCUCUUGUGAACUGUGUGUAGAUUGUUAUGUAACCAAACUAGACUUUGUUGAAUGAUGCUGGCAUUAUAAAGUAUGUGCCCUGAUACACAUAAACUAGAGUGUAGGAUUUAGUUUCAUUGUGUUUUCAUUGUAUUGCUUUAGCAUUAGUCUACUACUACAUGAUCCAUUCUUAGGAUAAUUUAGUGUGAAACAGUCAACAGUAUUAUACAGGUAAAUAAAAGUUGUAAUACUGAUAUAGAUUUCAAUUUAGGCUGAAAUAUUUUUCUAGAGGUCACAUGAUGUGCCAUACUGAUGACAUUAACAACAGUAGAGUGGAUUUCAAUUAUGUAAUAUGGUUUUUUAAAUCAUAUCUAGAUAUCAAUGGCAGACAUUUCUCUCUUGCCCUUUUCCCCCCAUGGUUUCUAGUUAGACUUGUCUAAUCAAAGAAAUGACUUUCUGUGUUUGCAGUCUUGGUGUACAUGGUAGGGAGGGGGAGGACGUGGCUAAAUUGUGUGUACAUGUGGGUCAUGUGUGUGUACUAGUGAACAGAGAGAUGGCUUGAUCUAACCUUCGUCUUCUUGUCUAUAUUUAGUCACACCAUGUUAUGUACGGCAGUCACGUGGUAUAUUCUUAUUUCUAGACAGUUGUGUUGCUGUAGAGUAAUGUCCAUUUCAUGAAGUGAACAAACAAAAAAAAAUAAAAAACAAUUUUAUUUGGUUUCCA